GAUCGCUGUCUCCGCCGGCUAUUACACUUCCUGCGCAUGCUCUCCUCCUUCCUUUUAGCUGAACGUGUCAGCCAUGGCCCCGAUUAAAAAGCAGGUGGUCAAAAAGCAGGGAGGGAAGAGGAAGAAGCAGAUCCUCAAAUUCACCCUAGACUGUACUCACCCGGUUGAGGAUGGCAUCAUGGAUGCUGCCAACUUUGAGCAGUUCCUGCAGGAACGCAUCAAGGUCAACGGCAAAGCUGGGAACCUGGGAGGAGGUGUCGUGUCCAUUGAGAGGAGCAAGAGCAAAAUUGCUGUAAAUUCGGAAGUUCCCUUCUCCAAGAGGUACUUGAAAUAUCUCACCAAGAAGUACCUCAAAAAGAACAACCUCAGGGACUGGUUGCGGGUGGUGGCCAACACCAAGGAGAGCUACGAACUGCGCUACUUCCAGAUCAACCAGGACGAGGAGGAAGAGGACGAAGAUUAAACAUGACACCGCUUUUAAUAAAGAUUCAAAGGAGAGAUGGGAA